UCUCUUUUCUUCUUUCCCUGUAUGAUAUUGGUCAAAUUAUUUCCGGUUUAUAUGGCCAGAUUGGCGUCCUUGCUUUCCGAGUUUGAUACAGGUCUAACUUAUUGGGACCCACUGGGCCUUUGCUUCCGAUCAAAGCUUUGGAUUCUCCCACCACCCUCUCUUCCUUACAAGCACCAAAGCAACGGCAAUUUCUCCCGCUUCCCAACACAAAGAACCCGUCCUAUUAUUUACACACCCAACGCUCUUUUCUUUUUAUUUCCUUUCUCCAUCAUCUCGUUAACUUCACCUCCGCCACCUCUCCCAAUUGACAACAAAAACCCUCAAGUAGGUCAAAAGCCGUUUCCUUGCUCUCUCUCUCCCCCUUUCUUUUGUCCCUCAACGCCAAUGACGUGACCCACCCCUUAAUUAUACUCCCUUCAUUCGUUCCGUUUCUUUUAAAACCCCACACGCCUCAUCCCUUCAUUCCACAUUCCCCCCCACCCCACUCACUACCCUCGACCCCACAAAAAUGUCUUCCUCCCCCAAACUCCUCUCCCUCCUCUUCUCUCCCUCUUCUCCUCGUCCCUCUCCCGUGACAUCCGCCGCGGAGCACGGAUCCGCCACCCUCGACGUCUCCUCCUCCUUGUCUAAGACCACCCGCCUCUUCGCCGGACUACUUCCCACCCCCUCCUCGACACCGAAGAAGAGGCGAGUCGGCGAGGACGCCGGCGGUGACCGCACCGCUCUCUCUCUCCGGCUGCAUUCCCGGGACUUCCUCCCUCCGCCAACGUCUCCGGCCACGGCGACUACAAAACCCUACCCUGGCCGCCUCCGCCGCGACGGAGCCCGCGCCGCGGCCAUCUCCGCCCGCGCCCUCGCCCUCUCCGGCGUCAGGAAGUCCGAUCUGAUCCGCUGGGAUCCGCCGACGAGUUCUGGCCGUCGGUUCCGACGGCGGCGCCCUCGCAGCCCCGUCGUCUCCGGGUCGAGCCAGGGCAGCGGCGAGUACUUCGGCCGCGUCAGCGUCGGCUCCCCGCCGCGGGCGAUGUACCUCGUUCUCGACACCGGGAGCGACGUCACCUGGAUACAGUGCGCGCCCUGCAGCGACUGCUACCAGCAGGCCGACCCGAUCUACGAUCCGUCACAGUCCUCCACCCUACCCCGAUCACGUGCGGCUGGCCCCUCUUGCGGCUCCCUCGACGUCUCCGCUUGCCGGAACGGCACGUGCCUCUACCAGGUCUCGUACGGCGACGGGUCCUACACGGUGGGCGAUUUUCGGAUCCGAGGCCGUUACUUCGACGGAUCCGACUCCGUCUCCAACGUCGCGUUCGGAUGCGGCCACGACAACGAGGGGCUCUUCGUCGGCCGCGCGGGGCUCCUCGGCCUCGGCGGCGGGAGCCUGUCGUUCCCGAACCAGAUCCAGGCCAAGUCCUUCUCCUACUGCCUCGUCGCGGACUCACCGAGCUCUUCGACGCUCGAUUUCGGGUCGGAUCUCCUGGACCCGGGCCUCGUCUCCGCCCCGCUUCUGAAACCGCAAGCUCGACACUUCUACUACGUGAGCAUGAGCGGGAUCAGCGUCGCGGCCGAGAUGCUCUCCGUACCCCGUCGGCGUUCGAGAUGGACCGCCGCCGAGCGCGGCAUCAUCGUCGACUCCGCACACGCCGUCACCAGGCUCCAAACCGACGUCACAAACUCCCUACGAGACGCGUUCGUGAAGGGGACGUGGAGCCUGACGAGCGGAGGGGUUGCGCUCUUCGAUACCUGCUACGAUCUCUCGAAGAGGACGAGCGUCCGAGGUCCGACGGUUUCGUCAUUUCGGGAGGGCAAGGAGCUGAAGGCUCCGGCGAAGAAUUACCUGAUUCCGGGACAUCGGCGGGGCGAAUUCUGCUUCGCGUUCGAGCCGACGAGCUCGCCGCUGUCGAUCAGCAACGUGCAGCAGCAGGGCACGAGGGUGGCUUUGAUCUGCAGAACUCUCGGUGUGGGGUUUACCGCCAUAAGUGCUAGGGAAGUGGGGUGGUUGAGAGAGUGUCGGCGGGUAGGUGGGUGGAACUGA